AGGCAAGAAAAGCCACUUUAUUGUUUAUUAAACUCCCACAGAGUGCAGUAUUACUGUGUGCCAGACCCUGCUUCAAACACAUUUCAUGGACUAUACAACUGCAUCUCUGAGCAACUCCAUGGAGCUGGUAGGAAAAACUUACACUUAAUGGGUGAUUACCAUGUGCCAGGUACUAUGCUAAACACAUUCUAGAUAUUGACUCACUUAAUUCUUGUAACAAUCCCAUGAAGUAGGUACUGCUACUAUCCUGGCUUUACAUCUGAAGUACGGAGUUGGGUAACUUGCCCCAUGUCAUCCCAGAUGAACUAAAUUUGAACCCGGGGCUUAGCCACUGAUGCCACUUGAGAGAAGGAGUCAGACUUAAGUUGAGUCUUGAGUCUUUAAAGGUGGUUGACCAGGCAUUUGUCAGAGUUAAGAAGACGACGUACGACACCCUUUUCCAGGCAGAGGGCAUUGUGUGCACACAGGUAUAGAAGCGGGCAGCCCGCCCUCAUGCGUUCCAGGAAGCAAAUGUGGCUCAGGUGUAAAGCCCCGUUGAUGAAGGGAGUUAGGGGAGGGAGUGUAAGGAUGUACUGUCUGCCCUCUUACCACAUCUGCAGAGGAUUAAGGUGGCUAUUUCUCCCUAGAGGUGGAGUGGGUGGGUCACUGCACAGGAGCCUUAGUGUUUUAAACUCUUAUUGGUGUAACCAGCCACUGAACUCUGAGGCAAGGGGUUGGGGGUGGGAUGGGAAACAGAGAAAAGGCAAGUGAAAGAGAAGGGGAGGUGCAGUUUCAGAACCCAGCCAGCCUCUCUCUUGCUGCCUAGCCUCACGCCGGCCUCAUCUUCGCCCAACCGACCCCACCUGGAGUCCUAUGGCCAACUCCGAGUUCAGCACGGUGUCCGGGGACAAACUCUGCUGCCGGCUCUCUAGGAGAGCCCAAGUCUGUCUUGGCGUCUGUCUCCUGGCCCUCCUGAUCCUCCUCGUGGUGGUCGUGGUGGUCGCGGUGGUCCUCCCGAGGUGGCGCCAGCAGUGGAGCGGGUCGGGCACAACCAGCCGCUUUCCCGAGACCGUCCUGGCACGAUGCGUCAAGUACACUGAAAUCCAUCCUGAGAUGAGACAUGUAGACUGCCAAAGUGUAUGGGAUGCAUUCAAGGGUGCAUUUAUUUCAAAAUAUCCUUGCAACAUUACAGAAGAAGACUAUCAGCCACUAGUGAAGUUGGGAACUCAGACUGUACCUUGCAACAAGACUCUUCUUUGGAGCAGAAUAAAAGAUCUGGCCCAUCAGUUCACACAGGUCCAGCAGGAUAUGUUCACCCUGGAGGACACGCUGCUAGGCUACCUUGCUGAUGACCUCACAUGGUGUGGAGAAUUCAACACUUUCGAAAUAAACUAUCAAUCUUGCCCAGACUGGAGAAAGGACUGCAGCAACAACCCUGUUUCAGUAUUCUGGAAAACGGUUUCCCGCAGGUUUGCAGAAACUGCCUGUGGUGUGGUCCAUGUGAUGCUCAAUGGAUCCCGCAGUAAAAUCUUUGACAAAAACAGCACUUUUGGGAGUGUGGAAGUCCAUAAUUUGCAACCAGAGAAAGUUCAGACAUUAGAGGCCUGGGUGAUACAUGGUGGAAGAGAAGAUUCCAGAGACUUAUGCCAGGAUCCCACCAUAAAAGAGCUGGAAUCAAUUAUAAGCAAAAGGAAUAUUAGAUUUUUCUGCAAGAAUAUCUACAGACCUGACAAGUUUCUUCAGUGUGUGAAAAAUCCUGAGGAUUCCUCUUGCCUAUCUCAGAUCUGAGCCGGUUGCCAUGGUGGUUUUAGCUCCUUGACUCCUUGUGGUUUAUGUCAACAUACAUGACUCGGCCUACUUGCUGGUGCAGAGCUGAAGAUUUUGGAGGGUCCUCCACAAUAAGGUCAACGCCAGAGAUGGAAGUCUUUUUCCCCCAAAGUCUUAAAAUGACUCGUAUCAUCAGCAUAGCUUUUAUUGUGAUCUAUCAAUCGUCAAGACAAAUUAUUAUAUAAGAUUAGAAUGAAAAUUGCAUAUUAAGUUACUUCAUUUAAUUAUCAUGUGAUCCUUUUAUAUUGUUUAUAUGUUGGUAACAUCCUUUCUACUGAAAAAUGACCACACCAAACCUCUCUUACUAGAACAGUCAAGUGAAGAAAAACGAAUGCUCAAGUUUUUCAGAAAGCAUUACAUUACCAAAUGAAUGACCUUGUUGCAUGAUGUAUUUUUGUACCCUUCCUACAGAUAGUCAAACCAUAAACUUCAUGGCCUUGGGUGAUGUUGGUGAAAAUUGCUCUGUAGGAUAUAAGCUGCCCACAUACUUGGUGCUUUGCCUCUAACCCUUUUAACAGUGCUGUGAGGUUGGUAUUAUUUCACUUUUUAGAUGAGAAAAUGGGAGCUCAGAGAGGUUAUAUAUUUAAGUUGGUGCAAAAGUAAUUGCAAGUUUUGCCGUUGGAAGGAAUGGCAAAACCACAAUUACUUUUGCACCAACUUAAUAAUUUGCUGUAAGCCCUACAUUUAGUAUCAGGCUAGAGACUGAAUCUGAACUCAACUCUGUCCAACUCCAAAAUUCAUGUGCUUUUUCCUUCUAGGCCUUUCAUACCAAACUAAUAGUAGUUUCUAUUCUCUUCCAACAAAUGCAUGUUGGAUUAAAUUGACUAGAAUGGAAUCUGGAAUGUAAUUCUUCUGGAUGGCUCCAAAACACGUUUUUCUUCCCCUGCCUCCUCCUCUUCAUGCUCAGUGUUUUAUAUAUGUAGUAUACAGUUAAAAUAUACUUGUUCCUGAUACUGGUACCUU